AGGGCAAAAAAUAAACAAACAAAUAAAUAGUUGAGGAGCCAGUCGAGAUAAGAUUAAACAAUAUUUUAUGAAGUCCCACACAUUAAGCAAACCUUUUGCUCCCCAUUAGUUUUCUAUCUGAGAUAUAUGCAGUCUAGGAUAUAAUUACAGCAUUCAGAAAUGUGUCUUUAUAUGCUGUGUUCUUAUGUCACAUCUUUGGUCCAGGCAAUCCCCAAAUAAAUAGUGUGAGACUAUAUCAGGCCACACACAGUACUUUGUAUAGUUAUCACACUCCUUAUAGAUGGAAUCAAAAUUAUAGAAUGCAUCUUUUGAAUAAUUUUGAUCACUCACCUGUAUCAGGAAAAUGUCUCAUUGGUUGAAGAAAAGCACUCUACCCAUGCACACGUGUCCAAACUGUCCUUUUUUAUUCCUGAAUUUGUUGACAUUCAGCGCUGUGACUGUGGACUUCUUGUGGGAGGAGUGGGAAUGUCUAGACCCUGCUCACAGGGGUUCUGCACAGAUCUGUUGGAGAAGUGCAGCAGUCUGGAUUCUGAUGUGUGAAAUUUCAAUAAGAAUUCCAGUCAUUGUUUCUGACAGAUAAACUCAGAGAAGAGUAACAAGAAAAAUGAAUGCUUCUGUGACUAAUGAUCCCCAGGAUCUGUUAUCAUUCAGGGAUGUGGCUGUUGAUAUCUCCCAGGAAGAAUGGGAAUGUCUAGACUGUGCUCAGAGAGCUUUGUACAUGGAUGUGAUGCUGGAGAAUUACAACAAUCUACUCUUUGUGGAGAACCAUCGCAUAUGUAGUAAAUACGAGAAGGUCUGGCAUCAAGUCAGAAAGCAUUUGAUCCACGAUCAUGAAAACAUCAAAGAGAAGUCUUAUAAAUGUAAUGAGCUUGGCAAAGUGAUUCGUGAAUCCAGCCAGUGUAGACCUUGUGACACAAGUGAUCCUGCAGAAAAUAACAAGUACAGAGUUGGUAACCACAGAGAUGCCUCUGUUGAAGCCUUAACCCUCAACAGACACAAAAGUGGGAAUGCUGGAGAAGAACCUUGCAAAUAUACAGACUGUGUAAACUGUUUACAUUUGUGUUCCAUCACUAGCCAAAAUCAAAGAAAUCACACAGGAAAGGGAGAACACAAAAAUAUGGAGUAUGAUACAUCUUUUGACUCUAAUACAGAAAUCAUCCUGAAACAAACUGAGAGUGGGAAGAAAUCAUACCAAUGCAGAAAAUGUGGAAAAUGCCUCAAGACUCACUCAAGCCUCAUUAGACAUCAGAGAGCCCAUCCUAGAGAGAAACCCUAUAUAUGUAUAAAAUGUAGUAAACGCUUUCAGUAUUUUUCACAACUCAAAGUACAUUACAUAAUCCAUGUUAGAGAUAAACCCUAUAAAUGUACAGAAUGUGGUAAGUGCUUUUGUCACAUAUCACACUUUAGAAGACAUUACAGGAUCCACAUUGGAGAGAAACCUAACAAAUGUAGUGAAUAUGAAAAAUCCUUCUCCCAGAAAGACAAUGUUAGAAUACACCAGAGAUUUGAUACAGGAGAGAAACCUUCCAAAUAUAGUGAAAGUGAGAAAUCCUUUGCUACAAAAGACCAUCUUGGAUUACUUCAGAGAACCCACACAGGAGGGAAACCUUACAAACGUAGUAAAUGUGACAAAUGCUUUACCACAAAAGGCUAUCUUAGAACUCAUCAGAGAAACCACACAGAAGAGGAUCCUUGCAAUUGUAGUGAAUGUGACAAAUCCUUUACAUGUGGCUCCUCUCUUAGAAUACAUCAGAGAAUCUACAGAGGAGAGACUUACAAAUGUAUUGAAUGUGACAAAUUCUUCACCACAGAAAGCCGUCUUACAACACAUCAGAUGAUCUACACAGGAGAGAAACCUUACAAAUGUAGCGAAUGUGAUAAAUCUUUUAACAGAGAAGGCAAUGUUAGAACUCAUCAGAGACAUCAUACAGGAGAGAAACUUUACAAAUGUGAAUGUGACAAAUCCUUUUUGAGUGGUUCUGGUCUUAGAAAACAUCUCAAAACUCAUACAGGUGAGAUGCCUUACAAAUGUGAAUGUGACAAAUCUUUUACCCAGAAAGGCAGUUUUAAAAUGCUUCAGAGAAUUCGUACCGGAGAGAAAACUUACAAAUGUAAUGAAUGCAAGAAAUCCUUUACCCAGAAGUGGUAUCUUAAAACUCAUCACAGAAUUCAUACAGGAGAGAAACCUUACAAAUGCAGUGAAUGUGACAAAUCUUUUACCCAGAAAGGCAGUCUUAAAAAACAUCAGAGAAUUCAUACAGGAGAGAAACCUUACAAAUGUAGUGAAUGUGAGAAAUCCUUUACCGAGAAAGGCAGUCUUAAAACACAUCAGAGAAUUCAUACAGGAGAAAAACCUUACAAAUGUAGUGAAUGUGAGAAAUCCUUUAUACAGGGCUCACAUCUUAGAAAUCAUCUGAAAUCUCAUACAGGUGAAAAGCCCUACAAAUGUAGUAACUGUGACAAAUCCUUUACCCAGAAAGACAGUCUUAAAACACAUCAGAGAAUUCAUACAGGAGAGAAACCUUACAAAUGCAUUGAAUGUGACAAAUCUUUUACCCAGAAAGUCAGUCUUAAAAUACAUCAUCAGAGAAUUCAUACAGGAUAGAAACCUUACAAAUGUAGUGAAUGUGACAAAUCUUUUACCUUUUGCUCAAUUCUGAGAAAACAUCUGAAAACUCAUACAGGUGAGAAACAUUACAUAAUGUAGUUAAUGCUAGAAAUUCUUUACAAAGAAAGAGAAUUUGGAACUCAGAAUACAUAUAUUUGAGAAACUUUAGAAAUGUGACAAACAUGAGAAUUUUUUUCCUUUUUUAAAUUUUAUAAUUAAUUUAAUUUUACA